GUACCCGGCAAGAUUCAUCAAGUGGUUUGCACCGGAAAUAUAUGCGACAAGCCUACAUACGAAUACCUAAAAUCGCUUGCUAAUGAGAUCCACAUUGUUGGUGGUGACUAUGAUGAGCACCUUCCAUCGUCGUUGGUUCUUCAAUACCCGCCUUUGCGUAUUGGAGUUAUCCAUGGCCAUCAGAUUGUUCCCUCUGGCGAUAAAAUAUCACUUUCUUUGCUGGCUGACUCCAUGAAUGUCGACAUUUUGAUCAGUGGAUUUACUCAUCAGCUCGAGGCAUACCGCCAAGAGGGUAGAUUCUAUUUGAAUCCCGGGAGUGCGACAGGUGCCUGGUCACUCGAUAUGCCAUUUCCUGUCUCACAGGGGAAUCUCUCUGGACAGCAAUACGAUGAAAAAUCGGCCUCGAGGAAGGUUGAAACACAAUCAUCAUUGGAAUUUAGCCCAGCGAAGGUGGAAAAUAACAAAGGCGAUAUACCUUUGAACAAUGCCAAAAAUACUGCCAUGCGCUCGACUCCUUCAUUUGCGCGUGCGUACACGGUUCAUGCUAACUUUAGUUCUUGA